AUGGUCCAGAUCAACGCAAGUGCAAUCACAUAUACGAAAGGAGGAGACAUUUCCAAGAUAUUACUGGGUACAGCCUUCUCAAUUGACACACAGGCUUUAGGACCUAGACAAGUGGUGAUUCAGGCAUUGGCUACUCCAAUUAACCCCUCUGAUUUAAAUCAGCUCUCGGGUACUUAUGCCUCAAAGCCCAAUUACACUUCGGAGUUGGGAACGUCAGUUCCCGUUGCAAUUGGUGGUAAUGAAGGAUUAUAUAAGGUAAUUGAGGUUGGUAAGGAUGUUGAUACCUACAAGACUGGAGAUUGGGUUAUUCCAAAAUUGCCUAGUUUUGGUACAUGGAGGACACAUGCACUUGUCACUUUAGACAAUACAGAGAAUCCAGACCCCUUCAUUAAGGUGUCGUCUGAUGAUGACAAAUCUAUUGAUUUGGCGCAAGCUGCAACCAUUUCCAUUAAUCCAAGUACCGCAUAUCAGUUAAUUGACCAAUUCAUAAAAGACUGGGAUCCAAAUGGUAAUGACUGGAUUAUUCAGAAUGGGGGAAACUCGCAAGUUGGUAAGUUUGUAGUGCAAAUUGCGAAGACCCGAAACAUUAAGACUAUCUCGGUUAUCAGAGAUGGAAAGCCAGAUCAGGAUGAAAUUGUAAAGGAGUUGCUUGAUUUGGGCGGUACAAAGGUUAUCACAGAUAAGGAAGCAGAAUCGGAAGAGUAUAUUUCAAAUAUUGUUCCAGGUUGGGUAAGUGGAGGCAAGGUCAUUUUGGCGUUAAAUUGUGUUUGCGGUAAGAGUGGUGCUACAUUAGUCUCACACUUAACUGGUAAUCAUUUAACGGAUUAUCGAUCUCCUCAUCUUGUGACCUACGGUGGAAUGCUGGGUCAGCCAUUGAUGUAUUCUAGUAGUGAAUCGCUUUUCAAAAAUGUAACUUCUAAAGCUUAUUGGUUAACAGCUAAUACCAAACGUAAUCCUCAAUCAAAGGUUGAAACAGUGAAGAAAGUUCUUGAUUUAUAUAAAUCAGGCGAUUUAAAACCUGUACCCUUUAACGGUAAGGAAUAUAAUAUUAAGUCUUCCAGUGACGAAUAUGUCAAGUUGUUCUUAGAAGGAAUUGCUGAGUCUAAGAAUGGAAAGCAGGUUAUUAUAUACAAUUAG